UCUGGUUUCUCAGUCUUCUGUCUCGCAGCUUGAGCCGGCAAGUAACCGCCACGAUGCAACUGAAGACGCUUGCCCUCGCCGCCACGGCGGUAGCCACGGCGGCAGCGCAGUUCCAGAACCUGCCGCCAGGCUAUACCAACAGGACCAAGCCUCGGCCCUUUAGCACCUUUGGCUUCAACAUCAUCUACCAGCCGGACUACCAUCACAACAUCAUCUACCCGAGGAUCGUGGAGCUCGACUGCGGCGUGAUCCUCGCGACGGCGAGUCUGAACACCACUCCGGGCGUGUUCCCUGUGUUUCGGAGCAAGGACGGCGGCGCGAGCUGGACGUGGUUCAGCAACAUCACGGAUCAGCACAACGGGCUCGGCAUGGAUGCGCAGCCGGCGCUGGGCCCCGUUCUACCCGCCGCCGUGGGCGACUGGCCUGCCGGGACGAUCCUGGCCAGCGGCAACAGCUGGGGCAAUUCUAGCGGGUUUAUCGACCUGUACGGCAGCAAGGACAAGGGCAAGACGUGGCAAUACAUCAGCAAUGUCGCCAAGGGCGCCGGGCUGGGCGGCGGCCUUAACUUGACCGGCGACACGAACGGCAACCACAUCUUCGAGCCGACGAUCUGGUACGACAAUGGCACCGUGGGGGUCUUCUACUCGGACGAGCGCGACCCGGCGCACUCGCAGAAGCUCUCCCACCAGGUGUCGACCGACCUCGUGAACUGGGGCCCCGUGGUCGACGACGUCGCGUUUCCGCGCUGGUCAGACCGGCCGGGCAUGACGACGGUCGCGUAUGUGCCGCCGCUGAAGCAGUACAUCCUGACGCACGAGUACCCGGGGGGCGAAUCGUGGAACGGGGAGAACUACCCGGUGCACUACCGGCUGUCGAGCUCGCCGUGGGCGUUCAACAACGCCACGAGCAUCCCGCUGUCGGUCAACGGGCGGCAGGCCGGGUCGAGCCCGACGGUCGUGUGGACGCCGGCGGGCGGGCCCAACGGCACCAUCAUCGUCAGCGACGCGACCUACUCGGACGUGUUCAUGAACCGCUUCGCCGGCCAGCCCGACAUGUGGGAGGCGCACGCGAUCGCCCAGCCCGACGGCUACAGCCGCGCGCUGCACGUCAUGCGCCACAACCCGGACCACAUCAUGAUCAUGGGCGCCGCGCACUGGCCCGGUGCCGACGUGCCCGGCGCCGUGCGGCCGCUGUCCGUGACGGUGUUCAGCGUCGAGGAGACGCUGAGGAGACCCCCUAGGGAUGCCUACCCGGUGAACAGGUACUGGUGAUAGAGGUCGUUCAAGCCAGCUUGAGCUUGGGCAAGAAUGGCGGGCCAACACGUCGGGUUGCUGUGCUAGGAAGGUAGUUCGGUGGCAUGAUUCGAAAUAAUAAUUAAUAUUCCGUCAGACGGUUUUGCUUGCUUUCUAAGCGUUACGGAAUACUUGAAAGAUCCUCUGGCAGCCCAACAGCUAUCCCUUUUGGUCA